AUGACGAUAGCCCCUGUAACUGCGUACCCUGUGUCACCAAGCUCUGCUUCCAGACCGCGGAUACCCAAUUCCACUCGCUCUAUUGGGGCAACCCUCUGCAGAGUGGAUAUCGAUGUGAAUUUAUGGACGGGCAAAACCUGUUUUUCAAACACCGGGUUCAGUGCAGUGCAUGAUGCUCAUGCAUGCGUUCGGGCCGGGGCGCUGUACUGCGACGGCAGUUUUCCAUGCGUUUGGCUUCUAGGGGGCGUAGAGAGCACCUACUGGGAAUCAAGCCAGGAGCAGUGGAAGGCCGGAACGAUUCCAAGGUUCGCAGGGGAUGCGAUAUGCCAUACAUUGAUGGGGUUCGCGGCCCGCGGCGAGGUGCAGUGGGCCAUAGAACUUCGAGGCCAAGAUCGAGUGAUCUUCUUGGGUGCAUGUUGCUCUCUUAUACACCACUGUGAGUUGGAGGAAUCGUGGGAACUGAAUCCAGAGAACAUGAAUGAGUGGCUGGAUCGAAUGGUGGGAUGCGAUCGAUUGGUCUGA